AUGGCGCCGCCUAGUAGCGGUGGCGGCGACGAGCCUCGCGGUGGAGCAGAGGGUGGCACAGGCAGGGGGCAGUGGUGCCGAGCGAGCGGGAAGCGGGGCGCAAGGUGGAGAGGAAGGGUCGCGACUGGGGGAAACAGACUGGGGUUGGUGGUGAUGUGUGCAGGCCGCCGGCGACAAUGGGGGUCGCAGCGGUGGUUUGGUGGAGGCAGGGGUGUUGAGGGGGGAGUGAAGAGAGAGGAGGCGAAGGGAGAAAGGGAGGAGAAAAGAAGGUGGGUUGCGGCGGCAAGGUUGGCGCCGGACGGUGGUGGAAGCGGCAGUUGCAGAGUUCAGGAGGGUGGCAAUGGAGGUUGGAGAGAGGGAGAGAGAACGUUGGGGAAGGAGGGGAGGAAUGAGGGACGCGGCUGCGCUAGGGUUCGCGUCCCUGGGGUUAACAAAACGCAAAACGGCAGCAUUUUGCUGCACAGCUAA